GAUAGAUAACAAUUUUGUUCAUACCCAAAGGCCAAAGAACUCGGGGUAAAAAAAAAUGGUCAUAUGUUAUGUAUAAUGGCGAGCCCAACUCUUGCAGGAGUUACCACCAAGUGUAGCCCAACUCUCACUAAAGCCCAAAUGAAAGCCGCUAAAGCUCCUGCCGGUCUCUGCUUGAAAACGCUAGAACAACAGACGAUUUACUUGUAAUCCGCGGCAGAAACCCCGGCAAAAACCUCUGUAGUUUGACUUCAAGUCAAGGCCAGGAGCUUCUUCUCGUAAGGAAACCAGUAGAACCCUAACAAUGUCGGUAAUCGGCAUUCCCCAAACGCAGAUCCACAGACUCCCGCAGUCCAAGUACGUCGACGCGAUCCGAUGGCUUCCGUCCGUCUCCCCGCUCCAGCAAUCCGCCAUCGUGGCCUUCUUCGACACCGACGCCGACUCUCCAUCUCUGGAAGUCCACUCCCUGGACCAAGAAUCGAAGGCGCUCGACCUCGUCUCCUCGUGGGCUCCUCCCUCCCGCAUUUCCUCGCUGAAGUCGACUCACUCGUUCGCCGUCGCCUCCACCGUCUCCGGGUCGCUCCACGUCUUCAGCGCCGCCGAAGCGCAGGACCCCUCGUCGGCGUUUCGGUCGGAGGUGUCUGUAGCCGCGGAUGGGAAAGGGUUUCAUAUGGGGCGGAUCAACGGGGUGGAUUUGAUGGACGGCGGGAGCAACGAGUGCGUCAGCGUUGGGGAGGACGGGAGGGUGAAUUUGGUUAGGGUUUUGGAUGGGAGUUACAGGAAGGUGUUCGAUGGGAACGGUUUGGUUUCGUAUACGGCGGUGAAGUGGGCUUCGCCGACGGAGUUUGUGACCGGCGGGUGUGGGUUUGGGUUGCAGUGGUGGGACCUCCGGCGGCCUGGCUCUGCUGUUGCUCAGUUCAAAGGGAACUUGGAGAAGGGAAGAACUUCUGGGAUCAUACAUUCUAUUGAUGUUCAUCCGUCUAGGAAGCACACCUGUCUGGCUGGAGGUUCUGCAGGAACUAUAUUCGCAUGGGACUUGAGAUACCAACAGCAACCCAUUAUCCUCUCAGGAACUGGUAGUGAUACUGCAGCUCAGUCAUUAUCCGAGAGUGAGGUUUGGGAGGUUCAGUACGACUCCUAUACUAAGUCUUCAAUGAACAAUUUCUCAUCCUCGAAACUCCUGCCUGCCAUGUUCUGCUCGGAAGAUGGGAUCCUUGGAGUCAUUGAGCAAGGCGAAGAACCUACAGAGCUUCUGGCAGAACCAUGUGCCAUCAACAGCUUGGACAUUGAUCGACAAAACCCUUCGGAGGUAAUUUGUAGUUUGGAAUGGGAAUCCAUAGCCAUAGUAUCAAGGCCUUAAAAUGGGCACAGAUGAUGCCAUUUCGGUCGAGAUCCUCCCCAGUAUGGAACCUUCCGCAGGCAACCAGCGACCAGCAUGGCCUCUUCCAGCUGAAGAUUCUUCCCAAGCUUUUCUGUUUCUUCUGUCCAUGAAAUGUCGAGGAUUUCAAAAUAAAUCCAUCUUGUAAUGAAGAAUCCGAAGCCUACCCAAUGUAAUUUUAAUUGUUCUCUUGUGAAAAGAACAGUCUUUUUCCUGAAAAAUCGUAAUGUUUGGUAAUCUUACUCUACUCGAAUUGGAUGUAAAUUACAAUAGAAGAUCACUAUCAAGAUAGUCAUUUUGCACAACUCAUAGGGAAAGUCCUAGAAUGCAGCAAAAUAAAAGUUUUGAGGACUAAAAAGUUCACCUCAUCCUCUAUCCAUAUUCUACAUUUUCGCGUCAUCCACUCCCCUCUCCUCUUUCUUCGUUUCCCUCUCCAAUUCUCAUUCCCUGAGGGUAAAACAGAACACGAGCAGAAAAUCCACGGCUAUGGCUUCUCUAACCUUCAUGUCAGUCAAUGCAAGGGUUUGUCCAGCCCGAGUCUCUUGUAGCUCAACCCGACUUAUCUCGUUCGCCAAUUCCCGCAGCUCGCUGAAGCUCAGUUCCACGCACAGCAUAUCGGGUUCUCUCGCAGUUCUUUCGUCGAAGCCAUGCCCCGUCUCCUCGCUGUCUCAGAGGCUCCAAUCUCUCACCGUCUUCGCUGCCAAAGGGUACAAAAUGAAGACCCAUAAGGCCUCAGCGAAGAGGUUCAGGGUGACGGGAAGAGGGAAGAUAGUGAGGAGGCGAGCUGGGAAGCAGCAUUUGCUGGCUAAGAAGAAUACCAAGAGGAAAUUGCGCCUAUCCAAAAUGGUUAGUUCCUUUUUUGACAGAAAACAUUUUUGUCUUGCAUUGUUUCUAGUUCAGGAUUUAUGGCUUUAGUUAUUGUGUUCUGAACGAGGGUCUAAGGCAAUUACCCCCUUUGUGAGGAAGAACCGAGUUUCCAGUUAGUUGAAUGUUCCCUACUGGUUGCAUUUACUUGUUGGAUGAUUCCUGGUUGAAACUUGGAAAAGGCUGCUUUCAUUGAAUUCCUACUGCUUAAUCAUAAGCAUUUAGUAUAAUCCGUUAGCUUUGCUGGAGAAAAGGGAGCUUUUUAGUGAAAUCUGUCUGACAGCAAGCUGAAAGAAAUCUUCAAACAAGUCUAAAAUGGACUGUAGAUACUACAAAGCUUUCACGUUGUAGGUUGGAAUACAUGUGUUGAAGAUGUUGAUGCUAGCGGCACUAGAAAUUCCGAUGAAGGCAACUCCAAGUACUGGACUAGAGAGCUUUCUGACUCUCUGUUUGCUCCUUGCAACCUUGAGAAAACAUAUGUGGAGUUAGUUACCGAGUAUGAAAAGAGCAUGGAGCUUUGCUUCCAUCAAUUUUGCUAUGCACUUGGCUUUUUGCAGUGGAGAAAUAUUUGAUUGUGAUAUCCUUAUAUCGCUGCUCUAAGGUUCAAUCAAUUCUGUUAUCCACUUAGCUUUUUUCUAGUGGAUAAUAUUUGAUUGUGAUAUGUCCUGAUAUCUACUGCUCUUUGGCUAUUGAUAUGGUCUCUAUCUGCCUAUGCUUCUUCUGGUAAGUCCCGGGAAAUACGGGAAUCUUUCUUGCUUCAGAAGAUAGAAGAAUUGAGAGGAUGCUCUAAAAGUGCAUAUGACUCUGUACAACCCAUCCUGUUCAUCUUUUUGCACUGUAUCUGGUUCUAGUAUCUGCAGUUCUUAGCUUAAACCAAUUGAUUUGCCUCCAACUUCCUAUCUCAUUAGCCCGAAAUUAGCCAUUGGAACUAGCUAGCCAUUUGUGUAAUUUUCUAUUCAAUGCUAGUGCCUAUAUCCACUGUGUUUACUUCCAUUCCUGGCAUAUACAAUAGCUUCCCUCUCUCAACCAUCUCUUGCUCUCUCUUUGUUCUGAAACAGCACGAGGUCAGCCGGAGCGACUACGAUAACGUGAUCGGUGCACUGCCGUACCUGAAAGUGAACAGAUUGGCAAAGUAGAUUUCACAGUCUCGUUAGUAGACAAUACUGGAAUCCAUGGCCGCUUGCUUAACAGUUUAUGCACAAGGGUCAGAACUUCUCUUCAAUCUUGAUGCAUUGUUCUUUGUAAUUCUGUUACAACACAGGAUGAUCAGUUUUAGCUGGUUUCUUUUGCUUCUUCCAAUUCACUGCACAAAUGGUUCAUUCAGGGUGUUUAUUGGAUGUCAAAUAUACAAAACAAAACCCUUUGAUGAUUAGUUCUAAUAGUUAACAAUAUGAUACAAAUCAAAAUGGUGCUGUCGUCCUUCUUCUUGGACUUCAAUGACGAUGGUUUAUGCACUAUACUUAU